AUGCGGGCUGACCUUGUCGAACUGGUGCAGCUCUUGAAAGAGCAGGCAGAAGAAGAAGCUGCAGCAAAGGGUGAUGGCAUCACCGACGACAUCUUUGCCGAGGGCCCCUCAGUCGACACCCCAAGUGGAAAUGACUUCAUUGGCAUGCGUUGCAUGGCACCAUAUCCUAGUGCAAAUCUCCAUGUGUCGCAUCAUGCUGCUGUUAUCCUGGAAGUCUUGCCUCUAGAUCCAGUCAAGGGCUUGCAGGCACGGGUACUGUACAGCCAUCCAAUGGUUAAUGGCAUGCGCCCAUGUUCCCAUUUCCUUGCUGGAACGUGUCGAUAUGAAGAGAAAUGCAAGUUCAGUCAUGGGGAAAUUGUUCCCAUGACGGAGCUGAACGAAUACAAGGAACCAGAUUUCAAGUGA